AACGAACUCGAUAAGUAUAUUAAUAAUAAAUUUAAAAAAGGUUAUAUUAAAUUAUUAUCUUUUUUAAUAAAAAUACUAAUCUUUUUUAUAUUUAAAAAAAGUAAAAAAAAGCUUAGAUUUAUAAUUAAUUAUAAAACACUUAAUAAAAUUAUUAAAAAAAAUUAUUAUUUAUUAUUUUUUAUUAUAAAAUUUAAAGAAAUGUUAUAUAGAGCUUAA